AUGGUAUCAGUUUCAAGGCUAGCGGCUAGUAUUUUGCUAGCAGAACCAACAACAUAUCAGGAUAUCAUACUUCCUGGUCAAGCAUCUGUCGAACAAUAUAGCAUCCUACGCUAUAUGGGAGGGUCAGGUCCUUAUGUCCAACAUCCAGGCUAUGGAAUUCCUAAUCAAAUUCCUGAAGAAUGUCAAAUCCAGCAAGUUCAGGUAUUUGCCAGGCAUGGUGAGAGAUAUCCUUCAGCUUCCAAAGGUGAAGAUUUUGAAGGUUUGUUAAAAAAAUUUAAAUCCUACUCAGAACCCUUCAAAGGACCUUUGUAUUUUUUAAAUGAAUAUGAGUACUUUGUGAAAAGAAAGAAGGAUUAUGAGAUGCUAACUACGCCCUCAAACAGUCGUAGCCAGUAUAAUGGAUACGCCGAUGCUAUUAGACAUGGGAUCUUUUUCAGACAAAAAUACGGAUCAUUGUAUGAUGAGAAUUUUGUACUCCCUCUCUUUACUACUAAUAAUAUGAGAGUUUAUGAGACAUCUCAAGGUUUCAUUGAAGGGUUUUUGAGUGAUGAACAUUCGACUGAGAAGUUUAAAAACAUCAUUCUCUCAGAGGAUUCGCAAAUGGGCGCCAACAGCUUGACCCCAGCGAGUGCUUGCUCAACAUGGAGCGACGAUUAUGCAAACGAGAUUGUAAGCAGGUAUAGUUCCAAGUAUUUGGAAUCGAUCAAAAAAAGGCUUCUAAAAGACAAUAAAGGCUUAAAUUUAUCCACGGAUGAUGUUUACACUCUCUUUGAUUGGUGUGCUUAUGAGAUGAACGUUAAGGGAAUAUCACAAUUUUGCAGCCUCUUCUCUCAAGAUGAAUUAGUUAAAUACGAAUACUCCCAAGACUUAUACGGCUUUUAUUCCGAUGGUACGGGAAACAAAGUAAUCAAGCCAAUUGGAUCAGUCCUAUUUAAUGCUUCUAGGCAAUUACUUAAUGAAGAUACUGAAAAUAAAAUAUGGUUGUCUUUUUUUCAUGAUACUGACUUGGAGAAUUAUUUGGCAGCUAUUGGAUUAUUUGAUACAGGAAAGAAUCUUACCCUGAAGUACAUCGAUUUUGACAGGAAAUACACAAAAUCUACUUUGGUGCCUAUGGGAGCUCGUUUAUAUGUCGAAAAGCUAAACUGCUCUGGCAAAAACUAUGUCAGAUAUAUAUUGAACGAUGCCGUGAUUCCUAUUCCAGGGUGCUCGAAUGGGCCAGGAUUCUCUUGUGAGCUAAAUGAUUUCAAUAAUUACUUUUUCAAGAGGCUCGAGGGAGUUGAUUAUAAGGAACAAUGUAACAUUGGAAAUGCUUCAGAUCAUUUAACAUUUUAUUGGGAUUACAUGACAAAAGAUUACUCGGCCCCUUUGAAGAAACUGUCCUAUUAA